AUGUCGCGUCAGCUUGGCACGGCGGAGUAUGAGCGUGUGCUGCCAAGUGGCAUGAAGCUCUCUGCCUCUGUCUCCUCGCCCAAGCCAUUUCCUCUCACCACCCCCACCACCCUGUCUGAUAGCGCCGCAAUCACUAUGGGGUACUGGGAGGGGAAAACUGCAGGCGGUAUAUUAAGUACGCUUGCAAUAUGGGCCGCCCGUCUUGUUUCAUUCCAGCAGGAAGCAGUUCCAGAAACGGCUACCAUCGCAGCGCCACAGCACCACCUCAACGGUGUCACGCGAGUACGAGUGGGGAUGAGGAAGCUGCCCACUCCUAGCACUCUUAAUGUAACCGGGGGCCCCGCCUAUAGUUCAGUACUUCUUUCAAGCUUACCACCUUUUUUGGAAGUGGUACCAACUUCUUUUUGUCGUCGGCCUCCCAUGUCGUUUUCACGAUUUCGUCUCGAAAAACAGGAUUAG